AGAGUGGCUCUUAAAUAGUUCUUUUCUUUUUUCCUCUGCGUCUGUGACGAGGAUGGAGCUGCAAAUCUAAACAGAGCAGCUGGAGCCUGCAGAGUUCCAGCGAAGCUCCGAGCCUGACCCUCUCUCCUCCGGAGCUCUCACCUCUCUGACCCUUCGGAGCAGCCCCUGCAUUAAUCUUCACAUCGACACAUACCAUGAAGUUCUGGGUUGUGCUUUGCCUGGCACUGCUUUGGUUCGAGCUCCAUGGCGGCGACUGCCAGCAAGUCAAGCGAAGAAAAGACACAGGAGAGAAUCGUAUCAGGCCAGGGGGAAAACGGGUGAAGCUGCGACAACCCAAACCCAAGGAUGUAGGCGGGAAAGGCCAGUCCCUUCUGACCCAGGUGCUGGAUAAGGGCCGCUUCCUUCGCCUGGGCCAGAGCACAACUCUGACUCCUGGGAAGAACAUGGAGCUGCGCUGCAAAGGCAACAGCAUCGGAUGGUCCUACCCGGCCUACCUGGACACCUUCAACGACUCACGCCUCAGCAUCAAGCAGAGUGACAAGUACAGUCAGCUGAUCCUGACGUCACCGUCUGCGGCUGACACCGGGCCCUACAGCUGCUGGGUGAUUGUGUGUGAUGGCACCGACUGUGAGAAGGACCACGAACGCUCCUAUGACUCAUACAUCUAUUUCACAGACAAGGACAACCUCUUCGUCCCCUCUGCCAUCCACUUUGAGAUCGUGUACCUGCGGCCUGACAGAUCUGCUGUGCUGCCGUGUCGUGUCACUGACCCACAGGCCAAAGUGAGCCUGCACAGAGAAGUUCCUGCUGAGGAGAUCCUCACCAAUGAGACCCUGGUCACCUACGACCCCACGAAAGGCUUCGUCUUCCAGAGCCCCACUAAAGAUCGGCAGGGAGUCUUCUACUGCAAGGCCGUGGCCAAGAGCACACCUCAGAUCUCCAUAAAGUACCAGCUGCUCUACGUGGAGGUUCCCAGUGGUCCACCGUUUGUGAGCCUGCACUCGUCUCCAGAGUCGUUGAGAGGAGGAGACAACCUGAAUGUCACGUGCACCGUGCUGGGAGAGCCGGACGUGGACGUGAGCUUCAUGUGGUCUUAUCCUGGUCAGGAUCUCCGUCCUGUUCACAUCCAAACUUCGUGGCGGCUGGUUAACAGAGGAAUGGGUCACACCACGCGGCUCACCCACAGUGUCCUGACUGUAGAGGACAUGGAGACCAUUGACUUUGGAGCCUACGUCUGUAAAGCCAAAAACCCAAAUGGUGAAACAGUCGUUAGAAUCAACAUUCAGUAGUCCAACAACAGGCCCCGUGGUAUAUUCCAGAGCUUUUCACAUAUUAAUAUGCAACUCUAACACACAGACCAGUGGGAGCAAAUCAAAUCCACAUGUACUUAAAAUGGAUGUAUUUUUUAGAUGACAAACGUUGACAAGAAUAAAGAUUUGUUAUGUUCUUGA